UAUUUCACCUGCACUCAGUGUGGAAAGAGUUUCACAUACAAACAUACUCUUGAUGUUCACAUGAGAGUUCAUACUGGAGAGAAACCAUUCAGUUGUGAUCAGUGCGGGAAGAGUUUCACACAAUCAUCACACCUUAAGAUACACAUGAAGAUCCACACUGGAGAGAAACCACACACAUGUGAUCAAUGCAGCAAAACAUUUUUGAGGGCUUCAGUCCUGAAGAAACACCUGAGAGUUCAUACAAAGGAGAAGCCACAUUCAUGUCAUUUGUGUGGAAAGAGUUUUUCAUGUUUACAAUAUUUGAAACUACAUCAGAAAAUACAUGCUGCUGUGAGAGAGUACAUGUGCUUUGAGUGUGAAAAUACUUUUGCUUCAGCGCAGUGUUUAAAACAGCAUGAGAAGAUCCACACUGGAGAGAAACCGUACAAGUGUUCACACUGCGACAAGAGAUUCAGUCAUUCAGGAAAUCUGAAAACACACGAGAGGAUCCACACUGGAGAGAAACCUUACAAGUGUUCACACUGUGACAAGAGAUUCAGUGAUUCAUCAACUCUGAAAACACACGAGAGGAUUCACACUGGAGAGAAACCGUAUCACUGCACUGCAUGUGGGAAGUGUUUCAGUCAUUCAUCUGCUCUACACAAUCAUACAAAAAAAACAUUCAUAGUAAGUAGAUCAUCUUAAGAUCCAGCACUUUCAGAUCUUUGUUGAGAUGCGUCCUC